GACACUAUUCGAUAUAACACCAACACAACAUUUUAGGUACGACACGUAAAGCGGUCCGAUGGUCAAAGUGGGCUGUCAUGGAAGGUAAACCUAACAGAGGCAGAGGAGGCGGUUGGAAAAGAGGUGGCCGCGGUGGAAACGACGGCGAUAAAUUUUGCGGAGAUCGCAGAGGCAGAGGAGGCCACCACCGCGGCCGGGCCAAAAAAGAUCACCACCGUGGUCGCGGACGUGGGGGUGCACAUGCAACGGAAUUCCAACACUGGGACCAAGUUGAGGGUGACUCUCAAGAAGAGGGUCAAAGUGCCAUUUUCUCCCGGAGAAAACUGGAGUCCAACUGGGACCGGUACGAGGACUCUGAGAAGCAGGAAACCACUGACAAUCUACCCACUCAAAGAGGAACUGACUACCAUGUCCUUCUGGGGUCUGCAGGGGAUUGCUUCACUCAAUUCCGUUUUGCUGAAGAAAAAGACUGGGAGAAGGACACGUUUUCUUCCAGUCAGAUAUCUACCAUGUUUGUGGACCUCCCGGCGUUGGCCAAGAGACUCGAACAAGUGCCCCUUCAUCAGAGGCUCUACCUGGAAGCUGAGCUCAUUCAGGUUUCAACACCAGUCAAUUUGCCCACAAUGACUUUGGCCCCCAAACAGGAGACACCCUCCUUCACACCAUCAUCCGUACUGCCAAAAGACCCCGGCAUCGAUCUUAAUCUCACCAAGACUUUAAGCCGCACCGCCAGCUCUGACUUUCAGGCUCCCUCGAGGACUGUUCCGCUCUCGCUGGAGGACGUGGAUGAAGAGUUGGACCAGCUGCUCACUUUAGCGAAACCACUGUGUCCCGUCUCAGGAGGCCACUCUGUCAACGUUGAGAGCCCCGAUGUGAUGAAAGAUUGUGAUGCAGUGACUGAGGUACCAAAAGAAGAGAAGAUGGAAGAGGCCAAAGAAACCCAAAUCGCACCCCCUGAGUCCAAUUCUGCCAAGCAGGAAAUGACUGAGGAGGACCUGGAAGACUGGUUGGACAGCAUGAUCUCCUGACGAUCACAGAGACGUCGAUUAUGGCCCAAAAACAGGAGCUGCAAGCCAAAACCUGGACAAGUAGAACCACCAAAGCAAAAUGACAGAGGCUGGGUCAGGAGUUUUGUUUUGCUGAGAAGCGCUGCACAAAACGCGCAGCUCUGUGCAUUGAUUGACUCGUGUCAUUUGGCGGCUGGGUGAAGUGCUCCCUCCAUGAAUGAAAAUAUCAAUUACCGUUUCAUUUCUUCAUCGCUUUUGUUGACAUACUGCGGGGCUGCUUGUGAACAAGUAGCCACUUGCAUCGCCUUGUCGCAGUGCCUGAGCUCUGCCCCUGGUUGUCAUGGUAACAAACAGUUAUAGUAUCUCCGUUAAGUAGAUGUGUGAAAUGAGUGCGUUUGCAGUGAGUCUUAUCAGAGGUCAUAUUUUUACCUUGGGCCGAUCAAAUAAUAUGUCGGUAUUAGAACAUAAAAACAAGCAUGUGGGUCUUAUUGCCUCAAUUAUCUUUAUUCGUUCCUGUCAUCUCAUUCAAAUAAAUGCAAAACUACUA